CUUAAGACUUAUGUACUUGAUCAUUUAGCAAAGCAUUAAAUUGUACUCAGUACAAAUUUCCUCUUUUAACAUGACUGGCAGCUGUCACUGAGCAUCUUUACCACUUCCUCAGAGCUUCAUAGAAACUACUGAAACCAUCAAGAGUUUAGUCAUUUACAUGUAACAUCUUGUGCUGCAGUUGAUCCUUUGUAAUAUAAUCAGCAUCAAUGGAAGAAGUCUAUGUUAAUGUUGAAUACACCAAAUCUGGGGACUCAACAAUUCCAACAAAUCAGGCAGGUCUGAGGAGCUCAAAGAGGAGAUAUCAUGGAGCUGUUGUUCUCUGUUUGGGGCUGCUGAGUGUUUUCCUGCUGGCUGGACUCAUCGGACUUGGUGUCCACUACCAUGGUUCAGUACACAGGCUAGCUGCAGAGCUCUCUGCUAUCAAAGCCAACUUGAGUGAGCAUCUCCAGAUCAGUGAUAAGUUUUCUUCCCUGACUGAAGAGAGAGACUUGCUGAAAGCCAACCUCUUGGAAAUGACAAAAGAGCGGGACAAGCUUCAGUGGUUGCUCCAACAGAAGACAACGUGUCCUACAGGAUGGACAAAUUUCAGUUGUUCCUGUUACCUCCUCUCUGAUGAGUCUGGCUCCUGGGAUCAAGGCAGAGAGAACUGCAGAGCCAGAGGAGCAGAUCUGGUGGUUAUAGACAGUCCUAAAGAGCAGGAAUUUCUCUUGGGAUUCACCUCACGAUCAGCUUGGAUUGGUUUGAGUGACAGAGAUGAGGAGGGGACCUGGAAAUGGGUUGACAAAACUCCACUGAAUCUGACGUCCAAGGAGCUCUCAGAGGACCUUUCAUGGAGCUGUUGUUCUCUCUCUGGGCCUGAUAAGUGUUUUCCUGCUGGCUGGGUUCAUCAGCCUCAGUGUCCAGUACCGUUCCUUGGUACGUGAUUCGGCUACAGAACUCUCUGCCAUCAAAGCCAACCUGACUGAACAUCUCCAGAUCAGUGAUAACAAACUCUCCUCCCUGGCUGAAGACAGAGACCAGUUAAAUGCCAGCCUCAUCAAAAUGACUGAAGAGUUGGACAGACUUCAGACUUUGUCCAAACAGAGUACUGGAUGAAGGGUCAGCCAGAUAAUGGUGGUAAAGAUCUACGAUGGGGUGAAGAAGACUGUGCACAUCUGCAGGUUCACACGAAAACUGAAGAAAACUGGAAUGAUCUGCGGUGUGAUGCCUCUAAGCAGUGGAUCUGUGAAAAAGUGCCAUAGCAUAGAAUGAGUUUUUGAAAAAGAAAAUUUGUCAGUUUGUCAAUAUUGUAUGAGUAAGUGAUGAUGCAAGAAAAACACACAAAAAAGCCUUUCUUUAUGUGAAUUAAGUAAAUAAGGAGAAACAGAAAGUGUGAGUUAUAAAUAUGUAAGGGGUUGGAGGCCCUUUAUCUGCUUAAGCUACUAUAUCAGAAAACCACAUAUUUUGUCAUUUAAUUUUAAAAACUUGGAUAAAGACAUUUAAACUCAUAUUCACUGCUCUGGUCACCAUUUCACCUGACUAAUAUGAUCCCUUUCUCAGAUUUCCCUGCAAUUACUUUCACAUUAUAUUUGUACCACAGUGUACAGUGUAUUUAUUUCUAUGCAACUGUUAAUGACUUAAGAGUCAGUUGUCACACUACAAAUUUCCUUUUUCAACAUGAACAACCGCUAUCACUGGUCAUCUUUACCACUUCCUCAGAGCUUCAGAGAAACUAUUGAAACCAUCAAGAGUUUUUUCAAAAGUUUUUAUAAACCAUCAAGUCAUUUACAUGUAAUAUAUCUUGUGCUGUAGCUGAUCCCUUAUAAUAUACUCACUAUCAAUGGCAGAAGUCCAUGUUAAUGUUGAAUACACCAAAUCUGGGG